AUGCCUGUCAAAGAUGUCAGUGUCCCAAGUUCGCUACAACCGCUGAGAUUUCAACUCAUGCAAACAAAUCAAAGAUGUGGUGCACACAAAGAGUAUAUCAUGAUGAUGACAUACACAACGUCUAGUUAUCCUUACGAUGCUAGCAUUCUUCCAGGAGGGAAAAAUGGUGAUUGGAUGUGCAACAGGUGUAGAGGACAUAACUUUGCAAGUAAAGUGGACUGCUAUAGAUGCAAAUUACCAAGGGAAUAAGAGUACAGGAAGUGUUGUAAAUGGAAAAUAUCUUUGUGCUCCAAGAAUGAUAUGUGUUUUCCUGUUUUGGCCUUGAUAAUUAAUGAAAUAUAUGCAAUAUUAAAUUAUCUUUAGCAUUUUCAACACGUGAUUAGCGUUAAAAUGAUGGACUAUAAGCUGGCA